AGGAAAAAGCAAUGACAAAAGGAAAAGACAAUGACAAAAUGGAUAAAUAAAAGGAAAAAAAGAGAAAAGGGAAAAGCAAAGACAAAAUUUACCUUUUUAUUUAUUCUUUUAUUUAUUCCUCUUUAUAUUUACACAUUUAUUUCCUUAUUUUUUUUUUUUUAACAGAUUUAUAUUUUAUUGUGGCACUCCUGUGACUCCAUAACAAAGCAAGUUCAGCAUACCAAGGAUAUGUUUUCGUUGUCUGCCUUUACUAUUCAAUUCAAUUCAAAAACUUUAUUUAUCCCCGAGGGGCAAUUAAAAGGCACAAAGAGCAACCUCAACAAAGAACAGGUCAAGUAAAAACAGAAAAUCAGACAGUAAAACUGACACAAAGUUUUAUAAUUUAAAAUUUAGACAUUUUAAAAAUUGCAGCGAUUGUCCAUGUCAGUAAAGUGCUCUGUGCUUCACUCUAACGUGCUAUGUACACUUAGUAGUGGGGUUUGUGCAACAUCUGGACAGGGAGGGGUCAGAAUUCAGAAGCUGGACUGCUGUUGAGACAAAGGUGGCCUUCCUCCUUUGUGUUCUGCAACGUGGACAUCUUGACCUACGACCUGAUGGAAGCCACUCAAACACUAAGUGUAGUGCGUGUGACUGGUCAUGUAGGAUCCUGUGAGCAGUGCGGGUUAUUUUCUGGUUGCAAUAUACAGAAAGGUCUCUAGCAGGGCAGAGCAAACUCUGGUGAUGCUGAGUAAGCGCGUGCGGUUCCUGCCAAUUAAUUGAAUUAAACCACGAGAUGAAUGAGAAUGUUAACACGCUCUCAAUGAAGGAGUGGUAAAAAGUCAGCAGUUUUCUGUUCACCCCGAUCGAACUCAGCUUUCUAAGAAGAUACUGUCUCCGGUGACACUUCUUGAGGAUCUCCUCUGUGUUGGAGGAAAACCUCAGAAGGCUGUCAAAUAUGGUGCCCAAGUAUCUUUACUCCACUACCACCUCCAUGGGCUCCCCCCUGAUUGGUGGUAGUGAUGGCCUCUGCCAGUUGUCUCUGCUUGCUAGCUAGCGAAUGUCACAAUCACUUCUUUGGUCUUGGUUGGGUUCAGCUGGAGACAAGCAUUGUUGCACCAGGUGAUAACAAGGCCCAACAACUGCAGUUGCACAAAGCUGCUUAUCAAUUUGUUAAAUCAACCCAAGGUUUCUGCACCAAGCUGCUACCUGAAAGCUGGCAACAAAACAAACUGCAGAUUGCAUCAAUAUGCAUGUUGAUAGGCUUAUUGAUAUCACUGCACCAUUUUUAAGGUGUAAGCUGUUUUGAUUGUAACUACAACUGUGUGUACGUUGCUCAAAAAUAAGUUUCCUAUUCAAGAUUCCUUAUAAUUAUAAUUUUGAAUCACAAGAUGGGAUAAUGAAAUUACAGAUCUAUUAAUUUAUGCUAUGCACAAAAAAGACAAAUUAUUUAAAGAAAAAAAAACUAAGUAAUUAGAAAAAAGAUUUUGGUAAUGAAGUGUGGAGGGUGAAUUCAGUCAUUUCACUUUCAGUCUCAUUUAAAAAUUAAACUGGUGACCUGGUUUUUGGAUCGUGGAGAAACACUCUCAUCUGAUAUGAUGACUAUAAAGCUUCAUUUGAUUUGAUUUGAUUUUGAUGGUAUGCCAGGCAAUUUUAGCCUCCUAAGACCUGGCGUAUUGUUCAUAAUAAUAAUAAUGACAGUAAUAUUAAUGAUAUUAAUAACAAUAAGAAUAUAAAUAUAAUAAUCAGUUAAUAGUAUCCAAUGAUUGUAUUUAUUGGUUACUCCUUACCCCAAAGGUUUUUAAUAUUGUAGUGUUUAAGUCUAAUUCAUAAAAAUCAUCAAAAUAACAAGCGCCAGAGCCUAGAACUCAUACUUUGGAAUAACGGGGAUAAAGGGGAUUUCUAAAGAAAUAUUCACAUGGAACUGGUUACUUCACGUAAUUUAGAAAUUACCUCUUUACAUCUGUGUUUUGUGUUGAUUUCACACUGAAUAAGCAAAGUCUGUGUUCUAUUUGAUUUACUGACUUUAUCCGUUGAUAUAUCAAUGGGUUGCCACAUGAUAACUGUUGAGCAUGCUGAAGAAAAGCAAAAUGUUUCUGAGUGCAUGCUGCUUUGCAUGUCACCCAGAUUUGCUGUUCUGAUGGAUUUGGCCUCUGUGUGAAUGGUUCUCUUUGUUGUGCAGCGUUAUGAGCAUCCUGAAUUUGCACCCAAAAUGCUGUCUGAACUUUCAUUGAUAGUUGCAAUGUAAAUAUAGUUAUAUUCUAAUCUAAUAGUUUUUAACCCUAUUUACUACCAUGUGACAUUUAACUCUAUAAUAGUUAGAAAGAUUAUAAUGUAUGUACCUGGGUACAUUUCAUACAUUUUACUUUGUAAAUUUAUGCAUAUGCGUUUAUAUCAUUUGUAAAAGAUGAUGUUUCCAUAUCACGUGCAGUUCUGUAAAUUACAAAUACAUCUUGCAUCUAAGAUUCAAUUUUGUUGCAUAAUCAUGCAUACUGUUAAAACAAUGUCAGAAAUGUCUAAAUUGUUAUGUAUCUACAUAUUUAUGUGUCUAUACAUGUAUGUAUCUAGGGACGUAUUUUUACAAAACUCAUUAAUGCAGGCUAAAGGCUUGCUGGCUCAGAGAUGGAUCGCUGGAGAAUGGUGUGGAGUCACAUGGGAGACCUGAAGGGUAAGAAAGUGAAAUGCUGAGAAGAAUAGUGGAAGAUGGGCUUGAGGAGAGACACGUGGAAAGGGUGUACAUUUAGAGCAAGAGGGAGUUUGAGUGUGAAACAACUGGGAUUAAUCACUUUGUCAAUCUCACAUGGGCCAAUAAACUUGGAGCCAGUUUACGGGAGUGUAGAAGGUCCCUGAAGGUGUGUUCUCUGAGAGAGAGAGAAUGCUAGAUACAACAUGCUGGAAAGGUGAGAACAUGAGUGACCAGUAAAGUUCGGCUGCAUUUCAAUUACAUUGAUAAUACAAAGGUAAAGUGUAGAGUAUGCAGGGUAAAGUCUCAUAUCUAGCAGGCUCUACAAGAAACCUGCACAGACGCAUAUUACACUUGUCCAUCCAUCAGUGCAAUUGGAAGAAAAAAGACAAGCAAGUGAACCUGUUACUAAUAAAAGUGUCAGUUUGUCUACUGCAGCUGUUGCUGCUGUUGCAGUGUCUACAGCAGGGCUCCAGACUGCGACUAAAAUGGUGCAUUUGCGACUUUGAGACUGUGAGUUAAAAUUUCAAGUGCUCGCAUUGUGCCAGGUCAUGAUGAUCAUAAAGAGUAAAGUGCAGAACUCCAACACAAAGUGCAACAACUGACAUUUCUGUUUGCAAUGGCUUAAUUGUAACUAUUUUUACACAACCCUCCUAUUCCACAUGAUGUUGCAAGUAAGGUCCUGAAAAGACCCAGCCUCACCUACACCUGGCUCAGAAACAUUUGUCCUAAUGAGAUACCUGUAGCCUUCCCUGCUGCUGAACAAUAUUCUGAAUGUCAGUGUUAAUUUUUGUGUUUCCAAUUUGCAUGAGCUGGAAUAAUUUCAUCUGUCAGCCUGUUUCUCUUCUCUUGAUUUUUUUUUGUGUGACACUCCCCUGGGAGGUUCCAUUCUCCACUUCAAACUCUUCAGAUAACUCACUUCCAACCGCCACUUGAAUUGAUCUUCGACUUAGAAAGUCCUUAAUCUAAUUGAACAUUCUUCCUCUAAUCAUAAUCAUAUUCAUACAGAGCAAUUAACAAUCCCUCUCUACAAAUUAUGUCAUAAGCCUUUUCAAUGUGAAGAAAGACUGCCACCACUGCUUCCUUAUUUGCUGUUUGGUUUUUUUUAAUCCUCUAUCUCAAGACUAAGAACGGACUGUAGACUGUCCCCGUUUAAAUCCACUCUGAUAAGGGACAAAAUAACCGUUUUUUCCCAGCAUUUGAGUUAAUCCACUAAUUGUCAUACGUUACAUUAUUUUACAAACCACUGGAGUCAAGGCUGUAAGUCUGUAAGAUCCAGGGCUACUUGGAUGUUUUCCUGGUUUAAGGAUUGGGAUUCAUGCAGCAUGCUUCCACUCCUUAGGCAGGCAGCUGAACUCCCACACAUUGUUGAUCAAGGCAAGUAAUUCCUCUAAUGCCAGAUCUCCACAAUGCUUAAACAGCUGAUAGCCUAAUCCGUUUCUGCCUGGAGAAGUAUCUUUUCUCUGACAUAUGGCCCGCUUUUAAUUCCCCUAAAGAGAAAAAGACACUGAUCACACCGGAAUUAUCAAAAUUCUCAACACUACUGAGGUGGAGGGCAGGGAUUGAAGUCUGCUGAAAUGUCCCAGUCAUUCUAUGAACUAAGUUCCAGAUCUUUUUUAUUGGUGUUUCUGGUCCCAAUUUACUGCAGAAAUCUCUCCAAUUGCUUUUCUUUGCUUCCUUUAUAAUAUGUUUUGCUUUGGCUCUUAGCCUCUUGUACUGAUAUUGCAUAUCUUUCUAGUGGGUGUUUUUUUUUUUAACCUUUUAGAUGCCUUAUUUCUGAUUUGAACUGCAGUGUUUUAUUUUUCAUUCCACCAUGGAACCAUUACUUUCCUUAGUAGAAUAUUUUUCUUGGGGAUAUUCUGACCAUAUUAUAUUUCACAAAAAUUUGUUCCAUUCAAUCACCCUAUUCUCACUUUCAACUUUUGAAAAUUCUAAAUUCACACUUUUCUCAGACUCUGCUCAAUUAGCCAUUUCAAAAUUCAGUCAUAUGUUAAUAUUAUCUUGUUCCUCAAUUAAGCAUAAUUGAUGCCAAUUCUGCUGAAGUAAAUGUGAUAUCUAUGGAAGGUGUAAUAGUCUUACUAGUUUGAAUCAUGUUGGUCUGCCAUCAUUUAACACUAUCAGAUUAUUUUUUUAUCUAUAAACUCUUCCAGAAUUUUCCCAUUUCGGUCUCUCCUUCAAAUCCCCCGCAGUUCAUUAUGGGCAUUAAAGUCACAAAUUGCUGGAACGGUUACCUUAUCCAUAAUGUCCUGCAAGUCAUUUUCUUCAAAAUUAUUACACAGAUUAUACUAGAUAAUAGUUUUUUUUUCCCCAUGUUAGUCCAUAGGCUACUUCAAUCACACCACAUUCUAAAUCAGUUUUAAUUUUCACUCUUCGGUGUUGAAUUCCAUUUCUAAUGAAGGUCACACAUCCCCCUCCCGCUGAUGUCUAUCUUAUCUUUCACCUUUGUAUCCUGGCAUUACAAAAUCCAAUCUUGGUUUUAAACAUGUUUCCUCGACAUAUUAUUUCUGGUUUCACUCGUAAAUCAUCUGUUACUCUUUUAAACUCAUGUUCGUUGGCAAUAAAACUUUGGGCAUUCCACUGCAAAAUGUGAAACAUUAAGUAGAGGUUAUUAAUCAUCAUCAUAAUCUCCGUCUCUGCUGAUCAGUUCUAAUUCCUCACCAAUCCCUAAGAAUUCUUGUCUCUCAGUUAUCUUACUAUCUUCACUUCCUUGAGAAUAAGUAUAUUCCCAAAUCUCCUGGGCCUUUACCCCUUAAAGCCAAGCAAAUUCUCAGCAGCAAUGGCAAUUUCUCAAGCAGCAUCAGACUUUCUAUUUGCAACAAGCUUAACUUUCCACAUUGUUUCUACCAUAAAUGCUAGGAGCAACUUCUUACUUACCACCACUGUAUCAUCACUACUGGGAUUAGCAAACAUUCUUAGAUGUCCUCUAAUAUCAUGAUCAGAAUGUACCUGCCUUGCCUCAUUUGGCCCUUCCAGCCUUCUCACCACUUCAGCAUAGGAUAUUUUGUUCUCUCUUUAAACUCGCUCUACCAUUUCAGCUUUGACAUAAAAGGUACAUCGUCUGAAAGAGGCUGGAUGGUCACCUCCACAGCUACAACAUUUCAUUCUAUCAUUGCACUGACUGCCAUCAAGAAAUUUGCCACACCGUCUUCACCUUCGCUUUUCCUUGAAUACACCUAUCAUAUGCCCAUACCUUUGGCAAUAUCACCUUAAAAGCAGUUUCUCGUAUCAUUUCACUGAAUAGCACAAAAGUCUGAGCAUAACUAUUUAGGCAAUUCCUCUUCUCUAAAAGUGAUGAGAACUGGAGUAGCUUCUCUGCCGUUUCCACUUUUCCCUAUAUGAAUAAAAUAGAACAGAAGAAUAGAAUAGAUCUUUAUUGUCACUGUUACAGAAAACAAUGAAAAUCGGUUUAGUACUCUCCGAAUAGCAGCAUAAAAAAUAAACUAUAUAACAGUAUGCUUAUUACUGAUAAUAUUUCUUCCUUUCAGACACCUCAAAAGUUCUUGAUCAGAAAUAUAAUUUCGUACGUUGUGUAAGACUCCCUUUGUUUCAGAAUUUGAAUGCGGCCUGAGCACAUCCACCCCAGUUCCCAGCAAGUUUCUGGCUUUCAAUGCUUUGUUUAGUUGCUUGUCUGAGUUAUGACAGAGAUCAUUACAUUUCCUAAAAUUGCAGCAAACAUUACCUCACCUAUGCCAUUUUGAUUGCUUUUGUCAGUUUCAGGGGACUAACAGAGGAAAAUCCAUACCCUGUCUUAGCUAUUAUCAUGACUCUAUAACUAUCUUCUGAGUGUUGGCUUACUCUCAUUAAUUUUGUCUGGACAAUAUCAAUGUCACUAUCUUGAGGCAUCUCUCCUGUUCUUUCCUGAUUUUUCCUUUUUGGUCUACUCUUAUUUACAAUGUUCCACCCUUCCCCAUUUCCUCCAUCACCAUCCCAUCCCGACCCAGGUGCAGUCUCACCAUCUCUACAACCGCCAAUGUUGGCUUAGUGCUCUUUUUAAAAUAAAAUUUAUUCUACAACUAGUGUAGCUGGAAGAGAGAACUAGCCAAGACCACCGAUACUGGACCUAUACAGGACGUCACCCCACUCCCCACAAGCCCCACCAGUUACGUCGGUGAUCCAAAAUCAAAGUUGCUUAUCCAAAAUGUUUCAACAACUCUAAAGCAACCAAAUAUCAUAUAAGCACUCAGAGACCGCAGUACUCUGAGUGCUUAUGGCAUUGUCAGAAAUGCAGCAUAUUUUUGUAGAAAUGCAGCAUUUUUUAAAUUUGUUACUGAGGACCAGAAAUCACAUAGAAUGUGGCCAUUUAAUAUAGAUGUACCCACAAACAAAAUGACCUUGCGCUGAGCACAGGCAUGUGUCAUGCAUGUGUACGUUUUGUACAGAUACCGAAUCGCGUGACCUACAUAUGUAGCAGGUGGCAGGAAUUGAUGGUACUCAGAAACACCCCCACAAUUUAAUCAAGUGUUCCUUGUAUCAUUUCCGGUAAGUCCGCAGUAGUGGAUUUGUAGUAGGAUCGCAAUCAUGUGAUCAUCAGCAGGCAGCUGAUGUAGCGUUCACUUGUAGUCAGAGUGACACCGUGCCUCUAUCUCACAAUGAUCCGUAAACCCUUAACAAAUCUGUGGAUCCAGACUAUUAGCCACAUCACUGCCAAAAUCUAAUGAGGUGGUCCUUGCUUCAUUUCUGACCUUCCCUGAAAAUUUCAUCCAAAUCCGUUAUUCCGUUUUUCAGUCAUGUUGUGCACCGCUAAACAGAUAAACAUACGCCAAUCAUCACAUAAUUCCGCCACGUUCCUUGGUAGAGUAAUAAAUUUUUAGUAAUAUGUCUCUGUAGUAGGUACAGUGCUUAACAAAUUUAUUAGACCACCUGUCAUAAAAAUGAGAAAGCACAAAUAUUUUUGAAAUCUGUCAAAAGCUUGUCUCAAACUAAAAACUGUACUGUUAUCGAUUAGGCAAGUUACAAACUACAACAACUAAAUAGUCCUUUUUCACAUAUAUUAACCAAAAAUCUUAAUAUUUUGUAUGAACUCCUUUGGCCCUGAUAACAGCUUGCAUUCUUGCUGCCAUUGUUUUUAUGUACUUUUCGACAGUCUCUGUUGUUAUUGAGUUCCAAAUAGUUUCUAUCUGUUUCCAGAGACUUGCUUUGGAUGAAACUUUUGUGUCAUCUAUUUUUGAAUUCAAUAAAUCCCAGAUCUGUUCAAUAGGAUUAAAGUCUGGACUUUGACUUGGCCAGUCCAUCAGUUCCAUUACUGCAGAUUUCAUUUUCUUGGUCCAGCAGUCUCUGCACAGCUUUGAAGUAUGCUUAGGGUCAUUGUUUUCUUGGUAUAUGACCGAAGAGUUCAAACUUGGACUCCUCCAUCCAGAGUAUCUUCCUCCGGUUAUCUACAGGUCCAGUGUUUGUGCUCUCUGGUAAAUUUUAAGCGUUUUUGAAUGUUUGCAGGCCUCAAUAAUGGCUUCUUAGCAGCUAUUCUUUCCUUUAAGCCGUGUUCCUUCAGUUGUCUGCUUAUGGUCAUUCUAGAGACUUUUUCAGAUUCUGACCUAGAAGCAUUAAUCUCUGCCUGAAGAUCAGCAGUGGUCUUCCUUCUGUCACUAGUACUUUAAAUCUUGACAUGCUUGACAUCUGCUUCAGUUAGUGUUCAUUUUUGGCCUCCUUCUUGGCCCAUUUUGUAAGUACCAGUCUCUCCAAUCGAGUCCAAGGCAUACUUGACCACACUGUGAGAACGCUUUAUGUCUUGCCCUAUUUGUCUCAAAGACCAUCCAGCAUCAUGAAGUGCUUUAAUUUAGAGACUUUCUGUCUUUCUCAGUGAGUUCCCUACCCUUCACCAUUUUGAACAGGAGUGAGGAAUUUCAAACUGAAUUCAUGUUUUUAUGCCCAAAUUUGAGCCAGCACACUGGAAUUCUCUGAGAAGUCAGAAAUGAAUCAAGAAUAACAUACAACCACUGAAACAAUUUUUUUUUCUGUUCAGGAAUGCAAGCAAAUAACUGUAAUUUGGCAUCCCAGUCAAAAAAUAUAUUUAUACAAAUUGUAAACCAGAAAAUUUGAAAAUUCAUGAAUAACAACAAUAAUUUUAAUUUUCACAUUAAAGAUAUAAUUUUGAUUAAAGAGCUUUCACAUACUGGCAGAUACUAUAGAAACAUAAAAAUUUUUUUUGAUAAUCAGCAAUACUGUAAUUUAGGGCAGCACAGGAAAACAUCUUACACUGGGUGAUAGUCUGAUGAAUUUGUUAAGCAUUGCAUAUUCACAGUGAUGAAAUUAUAAAGUUAUAUUUUAGAGGUGAGGUUUUCCUUAUCAAGUGGUCUGUAAACCAUACUGUGAUCCCUGCUAUCCGACAACAGAUGAAGAAGAGGAGUAGGGAGGUUCAAGAGUUUUCAGCAUAGCUGAAUUUUCUUGUAGCUAGGCUGCUACUGCCCUCUUAAGGAUUGUUUUUUUUUUUUUUUUUUUUGGCUAACUUUUAAGCAAAACAUUUGUCUUCAUCAGACUUUUUCCAGCUGAAUUAUUAUUACCUGUCAAAAGCAACAAAAAUUAUGUUAAUCUAGGUCAAUAUGUCUCUCAUUACCAAAAUUUAUUUUCAUGUAUACCAGUUUAUUUUAUACAUUUGUCAAUGCUGUGUUAAUUUUUUGAAAAAUCUGCAAAGCGUGACAGCAGUUAGCACUGACUAAGCUUAAUCACACUGACAAAAACUGCAUUCAGUUAAAUGUCAUAAAUUGUUUUUCACCACACUAAAAACUUUGUAGUUUUUGCUCUUAAAACUUUUCCAUUUAUGUUUAAAACUGUACUGAACUUUGGGGAGACGAUAGUUUGGAAAAUAGAGAUAUGUAUUCCUACCAAUCCAAUAGUUAUCACUGCUGUCUAUACUUCCAGUGCCAUCUUGUGGAAGCUCUUGGUAUAAAAAACCCUUAAUCAAAAAGUAAGACCAUCUUUAGCUCGACGUGUAGCUUGUGAGUUGAACUGAGGGAGGCCAUGCAAAUGCCUCUGAUCAAUGGACUGUAGUCUGAUGGUACCCAUAUAUUACUCAAAUCGGUCAAGCCCUUGAUUAUAUAUAACUAUUAGCCUUAAGACGAUUUAAAAGUGUGAGUUAUUUCAAAAUUCCCCUCACAAUUGUCAUGAAAAGUGAUAUUAGUUACAGAGACCAAAACUGUUUUGUAAAAAGGCCAUAAACAUUUUUAUUUCUGCUUUAAAAUUUGUCAUUUUAACAUGGGGGCCUAUAGGGACUAAUAUACUAAUAUAAUAAUCUUUUUAUUAGUAGUAUGACUGAAGAAAUAAAUUCUUUAGAUUAAAUGAAUUAACCUACAUUCCACAUUUGUACCUUCCCUUUGUCUUUCUUAUGGUCAUAUACCCUAAUCAGUAUGAUCUAUAUCAUAUUAUAUGAAAAGCCUUGUAAACAGUUAAGCGCACCAAUCACUGUGCUAGCUACUGUAUAUGAGCAAGACCAUCAAUGCUUAAGGCAUAAUAAUUGGAUGAAGCAGUUUUAUGUACUCUGUAAGGGCUUCUAUAGCGUGCACUGAAAGGAAAAAGAAAAAUAUGACAUUUUAAGUGCACGGACCCUCGCAUACUUUGCACAUAGUAUAACAUUAGCCUUAGUGAGGAAAUGUAUUGUAAUUGUAAAUGUCACACAUUUUGGUAAUAAGUCUUAUUUUUUUUAGACAUUUCAAUCAAUUAAAACAUUCCAUUUAAAAAUAAUGACUCUUUGUGAGAUUAAAUUAAAAUCUGCUCCAUGUCUACAGUUUGUGAAGGCAGAAUUGGCAAAUAAAUAUUCAGGGUUUGGGAAUAAGUCACCUACUUGUACUGUAUAUGGAAAAUGUGGUACUCAUACAUCGCAGCAUAUUGAAUUUCCUGUUCAAUAUGCCGCCUGCCAGAGAGGAUGAACAUACUCAUUGUAUUACUGGUCUCACCUGCAGAGGGCAGUGCUGCAGCGAUGGUGUAGCUUCAGCUGAGCUGAUUGUGAAGAUACAUAGUAAAUGGACUAAAAGCAGUAGUGUUUUGUACUUUCGGAAUAUUGCAUCAACCAUUUCUUUAUAUUUCCUCCCAUCAGUAAAAUCAUUUUACUUUCAUUUAAGGUUUAGCAUGGCCACCAUUAAUCAGUGAGUUAGAUUCUGACAGCGCUGAAGAGAACAUGGAGGGAGAGAAGGAGAGGCGCUGAUGAAUAACUACAGGCAGCUGUCUUUUAACUCAUUUUGUUUCCACCGUCAGCCCGGGCGCAUGGCGCCUCACCGCUACACACCAAGCAGCUCAGCGAGUGUUCAGAGCGAGACAACCCCUGGAGCACACGGAGAACCAUACAAGUUUGACCCUUCCUUCAGUGGUCCUGUCUGCAGAAGAAGCUGCACCGAUAUCUUACAUUGUUUGAUCUUCACUCUUGUCAUCCUCUCAUAUGUUGCCCUUGGGAUAGUGGCCUGGUUGCAUGGGGACCCCAGGAAAAUGAUUCAUCCAACAGACAGUUAUGGCCAGUUCUGUGGUCAGAAAGGAACUUCCAAUGCGAGAAAACCCAUCUUGUUUUAUUUCAACAUCUUAAAAUGUACCAACCCGGCAGUACUCAUCAACCUACAGUGUCCCACAACACAGAUGUGCGUGUCACAGUGCCCAGACAAGUUUGCAACCUACACUGAGAUGCAGCUCCAACACAAAUUCAACAAAAGUUACUGGGAAUAUUACAGACAGUUCUGUAAGCCGGGUUUUAAUAACCCCAACAAGCCAGCAUCUCAGGUUCUGCGAGAUGAGGACUGUCCCUCCAUGAUUGUACCAAGUAGACCAUUUCUCCGGAGAUGUCUACCAGACUUCAUCACUUUGAAUGGGACUGUGACUGUAGCGAACAGAACCAGGUUUAAAGAUGCUCUGGAAAUGCCACGCAGUGUUACUGAACUCCAGCAUGCUGCUAAGGGUAUAACAGGACUAGUGGACACUAAGGAGGUGGUCAUGAACAUAGUGGAAGAUUAUGCCAAGUCAUGGGCAUGGAUACUCAUUGGUCUGCUGAUAUCUUUGGCUGUUAGUCUGGUCUUCAUCCUGCUACUGAGGUUUACAGCUGGGUUGCUGUUGUGGACUACCAUCAUGGCCGCUCUACUGCUUUUGGCAUAUGGUAUGUGGUACUGCUCCACAGUCUGGUCCCAGCUCAGAUACAGACAAGGCUCUGAAGUUGCCAUUUUAGAGGUUGGCCUGCAGACAGACCUGCAGAUCUAUCUACAGCUCAGACAGACAUGGAUCAUAUUUUUGGUAACUCUGGGAGUGAUUGAAGCUUCCAUUUUCCUGAUGUUGAUCUUCUUAAGAAGAAGAGUCCUAAUGGCUGUCACCUUGCUCAGAGAAGCUAGCAAGGCCAUCAGUUACAUCAUGUCUACACUAUUCUUUCCAGUCAUCACCUUUAUCUUGUUGACUAUAUGUAUCUCCUACUGGGGGUUUAUAGCAAUAUACCUAGCAUCCUCAGGUGAAGCCGUCUACAAAGUGAUGUCUCCUGAUGUGAGCUGCCCUUAUGUCAACAGUACGUGCAACCCUGAGACCUUCUACAGAACCAACAUCUCCAACUCAGCAUUGUGUCUGGGUUCUAAGUGUUUAUUUGCCUUUUAUGGCGGGGAGACAUCCUACCACCGCUGCCUGUUUCUGUUACAAUUGUCCAACCUAUUCGUCUUCCUCUGGCUCGUCAACUUCAGCUUGGCCCUGGAGCAGUGCACUCUGGCUGGAACGUUUGCUAGCUACUACUGGGCCAAGAGGAAGCCUCAGGAUAUCCCACCAUGUCCACUCUUUUUAUCAUUUAACAGGGCUAUCAGGUAUCACACAGGGUCUUUGGCAUUUGGAGCUCUAAUUCUUUCAGUUGCCCAGCUAUUCAGGAUCAUACUGGAAUACUUGGAACAGAGAUUAAAAUGUGUUGAUAACACCCUGUCCAGGUUCCUUUUGUGCUGUCUGAAAUGCUGUUUCUGGUGUUUAGAGAAAUUCCUUCGCUACAUGAACUGUAAUGCUUAUAUCAUGGUUGCGAUUUAUGGCAAAAACUUUUGUACCUCUGCCAGAGAAGCAUUCUUCCUACUGAUGAGAAAUGCAGUGAGGGUUGCAGUUCUGGACAGAUUGACAGACUUUCUGCUGUUUCUCGGCAAGGUGCUGAUAGCAGGAGGAGUUGGCGUGGUUGCAUUCUUCUUUUUCACAAAUAAAAUCCCAGUUAUCCAGGAGGAAGUGCCCAGUCUCAACUACUAUUGGGUCCCCAUACUGGUCAGAGUUUUGAUUUUACAACAUGGCCAAAAAUACAGUGGUGAUAGGUGCCUACCUGAUUGCUCAUAGUUUCUUCAGCAUCUAUGCCAUGUGUGUUGACACCCUCUUUCUCUGCUUUUGUAAGUACAACUUUAUCAUCACUAUUUUUACAACAGUGCCAGUGACUUUUUAGCAUAAAUAAAAUAGUAAUGUUGAGAUUGCUUGUGGAGUGGAAUGUGCUGUAUGCAAAAUAAACUGAUACUAAUAUCCAACAUUGCACAUCGUUCAUAAAAACAAUACUCCACUUGAAACAAUUUGUUAGUAAGUUAAAAUAGUUAAUAACAAUGCUGAUAUAGAUCAUUCUUUAAUACUUUGGAUGUUUUAGUCAAACAAAGGCUGUGUUUCAGUAAGUCUUUAAUCCUGUGAUGUUUGUGCUUUUGCAUGUGGCUAAUCUUAACACUGAUGAAAUUUCUAAUCUUUUUGUCUCAACCUUAAACACCAUCCUUUACUCCCUCCAUGUCUGUAUCUGUAUUUUCACUCAUUUACCAUUCAUCAAUCCCUCCAUAUGCUAUUUUUCAUUUAUCCAUUGUCUGUUAUCCAUACUUGCUUUUUCUCCUAUGCUGACCCUUAAUCCAUCCACCCAUCCAUAUAUUGAUCUAAGCAGGUGAUGACUUGGAAAGGAAUGAUGGUAGUUCAAACAAACCUUACUUCAUGUCCCCGGAACUGCACAGAAUUCUUGGAAAAUCCAAUCAGAUCCAGUGAUAUACUGCAUCAACUGCCAGUCUGGUUGGUCUCCUGUCAGGGACUGUCUUGACAAACUUCUCGGAGACACUGUGUACUGCUGGUAUCACAUUGCCUGAUGAAGUGGGUUUUUUUUUUGUUUUUUUUUUUUUAGUUUUGAUGUUGUUUUGUUAUGUUUUGUUUUUCUGCAAAGUGCCACUUUAGAAUAUUGGUCUAGCUCAUUACUAGUAAAAAAAAUAUGUUAAGGAUAAUUUUUCACUGAAUCUAAGUUUUAAGAACUCAGCAACAGUCGUCCUUGAAAGUGACAUCAUGUCACCAGACAGCAGGUUAGAGUCUUGGAAAAUAGGGCAGCGACUUACCGGAGAAAAGUUAUAAGCUUAAGAUAACUCAGGUGCCUGGUGCCAACUCAGUGUCGCUAACGUGAGUAAACUAAUUGAUAGCAUUAAGCUAAUAUCUACACACCAUGUAUAAAUAACUGCUGACUGUGUUUUCAGAUGAGCUUGUUCAAAUAUUUUUGUAAUUUUUUUUUUUUACAUUCCGCCUUUGAAAAGCCAUUUUCAACUGGUCAUUCAAUAUAUAGGUUGUACAAGUAAAAUCUGCAGUCAAGUGUCAUUUGUUUAUAUCGCCACGGCUUCCCCUGUAGAGAGCCGCCGCUGCUGAAAAAAAUCCUAGAGGAAACACUGCACCCUGUUUAUUUAUUUUUUUUGUUUGUUUUGUUUUGUUUUUUAUAUAAAAUGAUGAUUUGGGAUUUCUAUUGUGGUUUUGUGAAUUUUAUCAUUUAUAAAAAAAUAAUUAAUGAAUUCUUUAAAGUGAUAAAUAUCCUGACUUAAGUUUACUUAAAAGUUUAUGUUAAUCAAAACCAGUGAGAAUUUACAAUGAUUUGUUGUCCAAAUAAAGUAGAUUAUUAUAUCUGUGAAUAGCUAAUGCUGGAUUGCAUUUUGUAAAAAACAGGAAAAAAAGAAAAAGAAAAAAACUGUUUUAUGUAUACCUAUAUGUGUGUGUAUAUAUAUAUAUAUAUAUAUAUAUAUAUAUAUAUAUAUAUGUAUAUAGUUAGGAAAUAUUUAGACACGUUUAUAUAUAUAUAUAUUAAUACAUUUAUGCUUUAUUAACAUGAAAUUUUACUUUAGUUUGAAUAUGUUGAACUUUGUGAUAAUUGUUGUUGUGACCUUUAUGCUGAUUAAAGAGUGAAGUGUUUGAGAUGUAUCCGGCUAAGCUAGCAUUCCAGAGAUAAAGAAGACCUUGGAGUGAAAGCGGAGAUGACCGAGACUGCGCUUCCCCAGCGAUCAAAAGGAGAGAAACGAGUGUAACGGGGGGGAACCAUUGAGGAGGGAGAUUAAGAAAUCUCCCUCACGAGUACAUAUACAAGAGUAUAUGUACUCGUGAAGACACUGAGACUGCCUCAGUGCAGGUGUAACCUGUACUCCUUGCUUCAAGUAAACAAUUAGAAAUAC